AUUAAAUGUGAUUUUUUUGUUUCAUGCGGUUGGCGAUCAAAAACGCACCUUUACCUCAGUUGCUGUAGCAACUGGUGUUGCUUCCGUUUGGAGCCGAACUAAUGUUAACGCGGCGGCAGAUUUAAUUUGCUUUGUGUGUGUUUUUCUCGUGUUCUGCGCUCUUUGACAAGGUGACUAAAUGUACUUAAAAGAAAAGGGGCUGGAUGUAGUUAGUUUGUUGGCGAAUAAUCGUUAAAAAUCGACUAAUCCACAAAACGAGACAACUACUGUACUGAUAAAAGGUAGCUACAAAGUUAAGAUGUCGGCCAUCAGCAGUCUUAUUCCUGCACGGUUCCUGACCAUCAUUGCCCAUCUUGUUAUUGUCAUCACCAUCUUUUGGACAAGGGAAUAUAACGUGAAGGCCUGCCUGCCUUUGGAGUUCACACAAGAGCAAUACAACAGUGAAGACUUAAAGUUGGUGGUGGCGCUCUCUGUCACACUUGUGCUGUUUGUGAUCGAGCUAGCUGGGUUCUUUUCAGGAGUGUCAAUGUUCAACGGCAGCCAAGGGCUACUAUCAACAGGAGCCCAUGCCAGUGGCUCGGUGGCUCUUCUUUUCUUUCUAUUUGAACAGUGGGAUUGCGCCAUCUACUGGUGGAUUGUUGCGUUCUGCAGUGCGCUGCCUGCCUUAAUGGAGAUUGUUCUGUUCAUUGGCGUUUUUGGACUGUCGAAGAAGCCAUUAUGAAAGGCUGCUUUAGUAUGAAAUCCCACAAACUAAUGUGAGACCACGCGUAUGGACAUAAUGGAGAAAAGGCAUUUGUUGUAUUAAGUUCAUCAUGUUCACAUUUAGGCAACUCAAUAGCGUCGCAGUUACCACAUCUGCUUGCCUCACAGUCGUGAGGUUCUGGGUCCAAAUUUCAGUUCGAGCCUCUCUGUGGAGUUUGUUUGGUCUCCUUGUGCUUGUGUGUACUCAGACAUCCUCUCACACUCCCCAACACAUGCAUCUUGGAUUCACAGAAGAUUAUAAAUUGUCCUUAAUUGUUAACAUGUGUUUGAGUGCUUGUCUAAAGGUGCCCUGCAAUUGGCUGGUGACCUGCCCACAGUGUAUGCAUCUGCCUCUCAAAAUCAACUAGUAAAAGUCUCCAUUUCACUUGCGAUGCAAAUGAGGGUGAGAGUUUUUAAAAAAUGAAAGGAUGUAUAGCCACAUGUAUUGCUUUUGUAUUUUUUGGUAGAAGUCUGUCACUGCAGCUGCGAAUGUAUCACAGACAUUUAAAAUGAUGAAUAAAAUAUGUAAAAAAAACAAUUAUAAUUGACUCUUUUAGUGUUAGUCUUGUAUUUAAUAUUAAUAUAUACUAUCUAUUAUUAGUUAAAAAUACAGUGGGCCAGGCUUGACACAGCGCCAACUGCAAAUAUUGAAACAAGAAUGUAGGGCCAUUAUGAUUGCAUUGAGAAAAAAAGGUUUAAUCCAAAACAGUUCUUGAAUAAACAGGCCAUUUACUACCAAAAAGAAUUGUCCAUGAAAAAUCGGCAUUGGUUCACUUGUCUGCCCUAUUCACCAAAACAGUUAAACACAUUUUUUUAAAAAUGUUUGUGUAAUUUUUUUUUAAGAACUCCUCUGGUGUCAGAAUGAGCUUCACUGUAUUUUAUUUAAUAAAUUAUGGUGGUAUUUUUACAUUUAGAUUUUGUUUUUAUUUUAAUGCAAUUACACAUUUUUACUAAUACGCUGAUAAAAAAAAGAUUUUUUUCGAUUAAAUGUAAUUUUAUUGCUAUAUUUUUAUUUUCCCUCGUUGAAAUUGUAUAUUUAUAGGUAUUUUUUUAUUAAAUCUCACGGACUUCUCA